AUGGAUUGGGAGGUCGAGAGGGUUAGGUUGCAGGAAUAUGAUCCUUUGCUUGUGCCUUUUGGUUUAGGUGUGAAAAUUAAGAAAGUAUCUUGUCUCAUCACACUUGCUGCAAUUAUCAUACCCUUUCUUGUUUUCGUCAAGAAGAAGAUCAACAACACUUCAGUAUCACCCUCACCCUUAAACACUACUUCAUUAGAACCUUCGAACACUUCUUCAUUGCCCACCUCUUCACCUGUAAGGUGGGACUACGAAGUGUUCUUGAGCUUCAGAGGCGAAGACACUCAUAGAAACUUCACUGACUACCUCUACAGCGACCUUGUGGAUGUAGGAAUUCGCACGUUUAGAGACAACGAUGAGCUUCGCAUUGGAGAGAAGAUAGGUCCUGAGCUUCUCAAGGCAAUACAACACUCCAAGAUAUCUAUUCCAGUGUUUUCCAAAGACUAUGCUUCAAGUAAGUGGUGUCUGCUUGAGCUCACCAAGAUUGUUGAGUGUAGGAGGACUUUGGGGCAAAUCAUAUUACCCAUUUUCUAUGAUGUCGAACCGUCCGAUGUGCGAAAGCAGACGGGGAGUUAUGGAAAGGCAUUCCAGGAACACAAGAAGCAUUUUGAUGGUGCUACUGUAGAGGGGUGGAGGGAGGCAUUGAGGGAGGUUGGAGAAUUGAAGGGAUGGGAAGUGAGCAAAGUUGCUAAUGGGCAUCAAGGGAGACUGAUAAAGAUGGUUGUUUCAAAGGUAUGGGGAGAACUGAAAAGGAACUCACUGGUUGUAAGUGAAUACUUAGUUGGAAUUGAUAAUCAUGUUGAAGAAAUGAUGAGAUUGUUGAGUGUUCAUUCCAGUGAUGUAAGGUUUGUGGGAAUCCAUGGCAUGGGAGGAAUAGGCAAGACCACCAUAGCCAAGGUCAUCUACAACAAACUCUCCCAACAUUUUGAAUUCUGUUGCUUCCUCGCGGAUGUUAGAGAAACAGCACAGCAACACAAUAGUCUUGUUAAUUUGCAGAAUCAACUUAUAUCUACCAUUUUAAAACGGAGAUGCGCUGACAUUACUACUAUGGACGAAGGAAUUAAUGUAAUCAAAGAUAGAUUUUCUGGGAAGAAAGUUCCUGUUGUUGUUGAUGAUGUUGAUCAAAAAAUUCAACUUCAUGCACUUGUGGGAAAGUGUGAUUGGUUUGGUUCAGGAACUAGGAUAAUUGUCACUACUAGAAACAAAGAGAUUCUAAAUAUCCCUGAGGUAGAUUGGACUUAUGAACCAAAGGAAUUAGAUUCUAAUCAAUCUCUUCAACUUUUCAGCAUGCAUGCUUUUAGAAGGGACCACCCCCCAGAAGACUAUAAUACUCUCUCUAGAGAUGUUGCAUCCACAACUGGAGGGUUGCCUUUGGCUCUUGAGAUUAUUGGUUCUUUUUUAUCUAGCAAGAGUAAAGCGGUGUGGAAUGAGACAUUGAAGAAGUUGAAGAGAAUACCGGAUGGACAAGUCCAAAAGAAGUUGAAAAUAAGUUACGAUGCAUUAGAAUAUGAACAACAACUGAUAUUUCUCGAUAUUGCAUGCCUUUUCAUUGGAGUGGAUAAAAGAAUUGCUUUCCACAUGUAGGAUGCCUGCGAAUUUUAUCCGGAAAAUGGAAUUGAAGUUCUUCUUCUCAUGUCCCUGGUGAAAAUUGGAGACAACAAUGAGCUAAGGAUGCAUGAUCAGCUUAGAGACAUUGGCAGGGAUAUUGUCCGUCAAGAAAAUUUCAAGGAGUCGGGGGAGCGUAGUAGGGUGUGGUUGCAUGAUGAAGCCUUUGACAUAUUGGAGACUCAUAUUGUAAGAUCCAACUUCUUCAUGAAUGGAUGUCCCUUAUUAAGCACUAAUUUUCUUGUUACCUUACUAACUCAAUUAUGUAUGAACUACUUGAAAGUUGAAAUAAUAACUGGAAUUUCCUCAGAGAGAGUGUAAAUCAUCAUUAAUACUAGUUUUU